GUACAGCAUGCUGUGAGCGAAACGCUCUAGCAUUUCAGUAGUGUUGAAACGGUUGCACUGAUCCGAUCGCUCAAAGAAAAAAAUAUUACCUCCCUAGGAUGAUCAAAACAGGAAUGGGAUCACUAGUGCCGCGAUUUCUCCGGCAACAGACGGCAGCGGCUCAAAGCACGGUGGUGUCGGUGAAAAAUUAUGCAACCGAGGCAACGUUCGAGACAAAGCCCUUCAAGCUGCACAAUCUUAAAGAGGGUCCGCCUACCACCGGCAAGGUAUCGCGCGAUGAAGCCAUCAAAUAUUACCGCCAGAUGCAAACGAUCCGCAGGCUGGAAACGUCGGCCGGUAACCUCUACAAGGAGAAGCUGGUGCGUGGCUUCUGCCACCUUUACUCCGGCCAGGAAGCGUGUGCUGUCGGUAUGAAGGGUGCAAUGCGAUCGCAGGAUAAUAUCAUAUCCGCAUACCGUGUGCACGGUUGGACGUACCUGAUGGGUGUUUCUCCCAAGGGUGUGCUGUCGGAGCUGACCGGCAAGCAGGGUGGUUGUGCACGGGGCAAGGGUGGUUCGAUGCAUAUGUACGCACCGAAUUUCUACGGUGGCAACGGGAUUGUGGGUGCACAGGUGCCACUCGGUGCCGGUGUUGCGUUGGCCUGCAAGUACAAGGGAAAUGGAGGCGUCUGUCUCGCGCUGUACGGUGAUGGUGCGGCUAAUCAGGGGCAAAUCUUCGAAGCGUACAAUAUGGCCCAUCUGUGGAAGCUGCCGUGCAUAUUUGUGUGCGAAAACAAUGGAUAUGGAAUGGGAACUAGCGCCGAACGUGGCUCUUGCAAUGUAAACUAUUAUCAACGUGGCGACGUCCUUCCGGGAAUUUGGGUGGAUGGUAUGGAUGUUGUUGCGGUACGCCUUGCUACGGAAUUCGCCAUCAAUCACGUGCUAAACAUUGGUCCGGUUGUAAUGGAGGUGUACACUUAUCGCUACUCGGGACACUCCAUGUCCGAUCCGGGCACGAGCUACCGCACGCGUGAAGAAGUUCAAGAAGUGCGUCAAACGCGUGAUCCCAUCUCCUCGUUUAAGGAGAAGAUCCUCUCAGCUGGGCUAGCGACAGCAGAUGAACUGAAGGCCAUGGAUAACGAGAUUAAGAAGGAAGUGGAUGAAGCAACCAAACAAGCGAAAGCAGACACCGAAAUCGGGCUGCCCGAACUUACGACCGAUAUUUACUCGAAUAAUCUUGCGGAUGCAGACAUCCGUGGAUGCACACCCGGCUCGUGGCUUAAGCACGCUACACUAAAGCGCGCCGUAAACCUGUAAAUUGC